CCUGUUUUAAGAAUACACCAUCAGCCAUCUUGAUGUUUGCUACGAUGGCAGUACAUCACUUGUUUGUGUCCUUCAUCCUUCUCCUUAUCUCAAACACAGGGUCCAGUGCUGAGAUCUCUGUGUUUGUUCAGACGGGAGAUUCUGUUCAGCUGGAAAUACAGACACAAGAACUACCAGAGUUUGAUCUUUUAUCCUGGAGUAAUGAUAAAUCAGAGAGUAUAGUUACAUAUACAAGUGAAACUAAAAGAGUUAGACUCUACAAGGACAGAGUGGAUUUAAAUGAUAAAACCUUCUCUCUGACACUGAAGAACACACAGAAGACAGACAGUGGACUCUACACAGCAAAAACAAGUGGAGAAUCAAACAAGAAUAUUGUUACAUACAGAGUAUCUGUUAUAGACGCUGUGGAGGCUCCUGUCCUGACUGUGAUCUCAAACCGGUCCAGCAGUGACUCCUGUACUGUGAACUUCAGAUGCAGAACUCAUGAGCUCAAGAUUGACUCUAGCUAUCAGAACAACAGCUGCUUACGAGAGGAAGUGACAUCACAGAUCAACACUCUCAUCCUGUUCUGCAGUGAGGAGUCCAUCAUCUGUAACCACAGCAACCCUGUCAGCUGGAAAGAAGACAGAAUAAACGUCACACAGCUCUGUGAAGGGUUCAGUGCUGAGAUCUCUGUGUUUGUUCAGACGGGAGAUUCUGUUCAACUGGAAAUACAGACACAAGAACUACCAGAGUUUGAUGAUUUAUCAUGGAGUAAUGAUAAAUCAGAGAGUAUAGUUAGAUAUACAAGUGAAACUAAAAGAGUUAAACUUCACUCUUCCUACAAGGACAGAGUGGAUUUAAAUGCUAAAACCUUCUCUCUGACACUGAAGAACAUUCAGAAGAUAGACAGUGGACUCUACACAGCAAGAACAAGUGGAGAAUCAAACAAGAACAUUGUUACAUACAGAGUAUCUGUUAUAGACGCUGUGGAGGCUCCUGUCCUGACUGUGAACUCAAACCGGUCCAGCAGUGACUCCUGUACUGUGAACUUCACAUGCAGAACUCAUGAGCUCAAGAUUGACUCUAGCUAUCAGAACAACAGAUGCUCUCCACAGGAAGUGACAUCACAGAUCAACACUCUCAUCCUGGACUGCAGGGAGGAAUCCAUCAUCUGUAACCACAGCAACCCUGUCAGCUGGAAAGAAGACAGAAUAAACAUUACACAGCUCUGUGAAGGGUUCAGUGCUGAAAUCUCUGUGUUUGUUCAGACGGGAGAUUCAGUUCAGCUGGAAAUACAGACACAACAACUACCAGAGUUUGAUCUUUUAUCCUGGAGUAAUGAUAAAUCAGAGAAUAUAGUUAGAUAUACAAGUGAAACUAAAAGAGUUAAACUUCACUCUUCCUACAAGGACAGAGUGGAUUUAAAUGCUAAAACCUUCUCUCUGACACUGAAGAACAUUCAGAAGACAGACAGUGGACUCUACACAGCAAGAACAAGUGGAGAAUCAAACAAGAACAUUGUUACAUACAGAGUAUCUGUUAUAGACGCUGUGGAGGCUCCUGUGCUGACUGUGAUCUCAAACCUUUUCAGCAGUGACUCCUGUACUGUGAACUUCACAUGCAGAACUCAUGAGCUCAAGAUUGACUCUAGCUAUCAGAACAACAGAUGCUCUCCACAGGAAGUGACAUCACAGAUCAACACUCUCAUCCUGUUCUGCAGUGAGGAGUCCAUCAUCUGUAACCACAGCAACCCUGUCAGCUGGAAAGAAGACAGAAUAAACAUUACACAGCUCUGUGAAGGGUCCAGUGCUGAGAUCUCUGUGUUUGUUCAGACGGGAGAUUCGGUUCAGCUGGAAAUACAGACACAAGAACUACCAGAGUUUGAUCUUUUAUUCUGGAGUAAUGAUAAAUCAGAGAAUAUAGUUACAUAUACAAGUGAAACUAAAAGAGUUAGACUCUACAAUGACAGAGUGGAUUUAAAUGAUAAAACCUUCUCUCUGACACUGAAGAACAUUCAGAAGACAGACAGUGGACUCUACACAGCAAGAACAAGUGGAGAAUCAAACAAGAACAUUGUUACAUACAGAGUAUCUGUUAUAGACGCUGUGGAGGCUCCUGUGCUGACUGUGAUCUCAAACCUUUUCAGCAGUGACUCCUGUACUGUGAACUUCACAUGCAGAACUCAUGAGCUCAAGAUUGACUCUAGCUAUCAGAACAACAGAUGCUCUCCACAGGAAGUGACAUCACAGAUCAACACUCUCAUCCUGGACUGCAGGGAGGAAUCCAUCAUCUGUAACCACAGCAACCCUGUCAGCUGGAAAGAAGACAGAAUAAACAUUACACAGCUCUGUGAAGAUAAUGACAGACGAUUCCCACUCUCCCAUGGUUAAUCUUCCAUGACUGUGCUCAUUAUUGUGUGUGUUGUUUUGGGAGUGAUAGUUCUUGCUGGUUUGGUCCUUUACUGUUGCUGCAAGAAUAAAACAGGUUUGCCUCCUCAAAUUUACUGAAGUAAAUAAUCUAAUAUUUAAACCUGAAACAGAUUAUGUCGUACUAAAAUAUUGUUUAGUGCUUAAAGGGUUAGUUCAUCCCAAAAUGGAAAUUCUAUCAUUAAUUUCUCACCCUUGUGUUGUUCCAAACCCAUAAGACCUUCCUCAUCAUAAUAAACAAAGCACAGAUGUGCGUACAAUGUAAGUAAGGGAUUCAUUUCUUAGUGUGUACAGUUUCAGUGAUUAUAAUGAUACUUUGGUUUGUUUUUUAGAGUGUGAUAGAUCAAAGUUAGUGAUAAUGUCAUCUCUGUACAUCAUUUAUUCACCGUUUGAAUAACCAUGGGAAGGAAAAGUUAGGCCUUUAUAAUGAUCAAUUUCUAGUUUUAAUUCAAUUACAAACACAUUAAAUACAAAUUCAGUUACUUUAAACAUAUUUUACUAGCCUACAUAACAUGUCUGGUUCUUGUCUAGAAAGUCAGGUUUAUGAUGUCUGUAGUUAAUAGAUUUGGCUGCUUUUAUCCUUAUCUGGUUCACCCUCAGCCUAUAGUCAGAGAGCUCUCUGAUUUAAUCAAAAAUACCUUCAUUUGUGUUCCAAAGAUGACAGAAGGGUUUGGAACGACAUUAGAGUGAGUAAUUAAUGACAGAAUUGUCAUUUUGGGGUAAACUAACGCUUUAAUGAUACUUUUUAAUGAUACUGUUCAGGCUGAUAUUUGAUUGGUCUGAAGGAUAUUAAACCAAGAUACAUCAUUGUGUGUUUUGUUUCCCCUUAUUUUAUAGAUUUAGGUUUAUAAUUCAUUUUCAACGUAAAUAUGAAAUUUAAAUGCCCAAAAUGACCUUGUUUCAAAUAUAUAUAUAUUUUCACAUCUUUGCUUUUGUACUUACUAAAGUAAGAUUUUACUGUUGGCAACAAAUACCCAACUCAUGAUUUGAAAUUUCAUACAGUUAUUGUUUUAUACAGUCUGACUAAUAGGUUUCAUUUGAGUCCUACAGAGACUUUCUUGCAAUGUCUAACAUUCCUUUUUAUAGUAAGAUAUUUUAUGAUUCCAUUUAAUUAUAUAUUCAUUUAUAAUUAUCACUUAAGACAUUUAUAUGCUCCUUUCAUUGAUUUAUUAAUUGAUAAUUCAUUUAUAUUAUAUUAUAUGAUAAUAAGUUUUUUUUUUUUUUUUGUUACAUUAUUUUAACAAUUGCUAUUAGGGGCCGAGCACAAGUCAGGUGAUAUGAAAUGUGUGUGUGUUUUUUUUUUUUUUUUUGCUUAUAAUUUAUGCAUGUUUUGACCAAAGAUUUGACUUUAGAUUUGGUGCAGAUUGGACAUGCAUGCAGCACCAAUAUGCGUGCAUAUAGGGAAUUUGGUGAAAUAUAACAAACCCCCUUGUGGGGCAACACAUGCGUCAGACAUUUGACGAGUAGGUAGUGAGACUGUGUUGUGUGGGGAUGCUUGUGUAUGUCCUAAAAUGGAAAUAUUUUUCAAAUGUAUAUUUAGUACUUUAUGAUUAUAAUUAGCUUCAUAUAAACCACCAGAAGUCUAUAUAUUGCUUUCAUUUAAAUGUCUACUGUAAUUGCAUGUAUCCGAGGGCCUUGAUCAUAACAGGUGUGCAUUAAGAAUGAUUAUUCCUUUAAUAAAAUUAUUAAUAUAUGUUCUAUUUGUCCUUGUAUAAUCCAUAUGAUUCCAGAACACUGUUCAAUAUUUUUAGGGUUUUACCAUGUUACAUAUAGCAACCGAGAAAUCUAACAUUUUGAGGCUGAAAUUUGACCGAAUUAACUGCAAUAAAAAAUGUUUCCACAAAACCUGUAAUCUGUGGAGUAAACUUAAAUUCUUACCUCUUAAGUGCCAAACAAGCUGAUGAUACAGACUACGAUGAUGUUGAGCUGAGAUUCAAAUGACCUGGUUUAAUCCAGGUUAAAUUUUGCUAAUA